AAUCCCACGAUUUGGACUUGGCCCGCCAAUUCACCUAUUCCCCGGGCUUCGGCCUCUCUUCCUGUUUCAAAAUCGAUUUCUAUUCCUGUCGUGUCUCGAAAUCACAUUUGGCCCCCAUUGGGCUUGCUCCAAGGUCCCGAUAUCCAUCACAAGCCCCCUAGUUUCUAAUUGACGCAUCACUGAGAAACUAAUGAUGAGCCACCUUUGAAUCUUGUACUAGAUCGAAAACGAUCCCACUCCGUAUUCAGAUUCCGUGUCAUAAUGCCUAUAAUCUCAUUUCUCUCUGGCCAUCCAUCCUCCCACUCCCAUUCUCAAUCCAACUUUAGAGAUAUCUCCUCCUGCAAAUUUUAGUUAUAUUCCAAAAUUUCUUAGAAUGUCUUCCAAAUCUACUAACCAAGAGCAAUGACAACCCGAAUCAUCUAUCAUCAAGGACUCAGAGCUGGCUUUUAUGCGUGAUCUUCUUGGCGACCCGUUUAGGGUUCACCACUCAGACACCGUGGGCGGCGUGAACCUCGCUUUCAAUCCAGAGCUGCAUCGCUUUCUUGUGACGCACUACGAUUCAUUCCUUGCCGACUUCAAGUUGCCGCUACAUCCUUUCAUCCGGGAUGUCUACACAAUCUAGGAAGUUUCUCCUGAGUAAUUUUUUAACACCCUAAUUCGUCCAGCCGCCCAUCUUUUCUUCAAUCUUCUGUUGCCCUGCGUGACCCAGUUGCACGGCCGAGUUAGAGGGAGGCGAACAGGCGCCGGAAAGCUUCGCCGGUUUGAUAAGUCGAUUGGUUUGUGUUCCUCCGUCAAUUGAACCAAGGUCAUGCAGGUGUCGGCGUACCCCUGAUGGUAUCCAGGGUUAAAGCGUAUGUACGGGAGUCCGUGACCUGCCUCAGCACCUUCGUGGUAGGGGCUCCAACCCGCCCAAUUGGACACCUUCCAUUGGGUUUACUGUUAGCCUUGGUUUGCUAAGCCUCAUGUUUUGAUGUUAACAAACAAUAUAAGAGCUUAACGUUUGUUUAAGUGUUUCAGGUACAACAAUAAUCCAUUAAGAUUCGGUACUCAAGAAUGAAGUCGAAACACUAAACUAGCGUAGAAUAUAGGUAGAAACCAAUGUAAGGAUAUGAUUUUAUAUACCUAUACUCACAAGCUCAAAAACACUCACAAAAUAUGUUUAAAACCCUUUUAUAAUGAUUUUCAAACAUCUAAAAGGUUUUAAAUAAAAUUAGAAACGAUUUGGACAAAAAUGAAAAAAUUGUCUAAAUGGUCAUAAGGUACCUAGGUACCGUAAGCACGGGACCCCCCUACCGUAAGGGGUACCGUAAGAGGAUAGGUACCGCCAGAGAGUUUUGGCCUGAGAAGGUACCUAGCUACCGUAAGAACGGGACCCCCUACCGACUGGAUGGGACCCCCCUACCGUUACCGUUGGAACACUAUUCCUGAUUGCUGAUUUUUGAAUUAAUUCAACCCUAAUCACCUCCUAACGGCUAAUUAACAUCUUCCACUAUAAAUAUAGGCCUAAUACUUCAUAUUUGAACAAGAAACAAAGCUCUAAACAUCCUCUCUUUUUAUUCUAAGUUUGUUCAUCCUUUUAUUAAUUAUUUUCAAUAUUUUGGCUAUUUUAAGAGCCUUAAGAUCCUGAUUUUAUUACACACACUUUGAGCUUGUGUUUUUAGUUAUAUACUCUCAUAUUCAUAAGUUUAUAUUGUAUUUUUGAGAGAGUAUAAUUUAGUUCUACACCGGCUAAGUUUUUGUUCUUCAUUUUUAUAUUCAAGCCGUUGUGUAGAACCUUUGUUCGUGUUCUUCAAAACACACCUUCUUACGGUCGAGAAUAGCCGUUAAAUUCUCACAUUGUAACGGUUAAGGAUAGCCGUAUAAAUCCUUGGGUAAAGGUUCAGGGAUAGGCUUUGAAAUCCUUGGUGGAGCGGUAGAAGAUAGCCGUUAAAUCUUCAUUGUAAACGGUUCGAGAUAGCCGUAGUGAAAUCUCGGAGUGAAUCCUAUUGGCAAGGGUUGUUUGCCAAACUAGUGUGGUGUUUUGACGGAGUUCAAGAGGCCGGAACUUAGUGGAUUCGGAAAUCCUUGAGGAGGAGCCUCGAGGUACUAGAGUAGGGAGUUCCCGAACUAGUAUAAAAUCGGUGUGUCUUUUACUUAACGAUUUUAUUCUGCGUUUUACUACAAGAAUGUUUGACGAUGUUGUUUUAAAGGCUUCCGCAACGUUUGAAUCAUUACUCCGAUUAAUUAUGAAUUGUUUUUAAAUAAAUCGGCCUAGCAUCGAGUGUUAACACCCUAGCUUAUCGUCAUACAUCAUAUAAGGUUCUUUAGUUGUCUAAACAUCAUUUUUUACUCUAAGAAAUUGUCUUUAUAUUGAUGUUAAAAUAGGAUUUUAUAUCUUCAAAAAUAGCAUUUUUGGACUUAAAAUAUUCGUAAUGGUGGAAGAAUUAUACGUCCCUUCAAGGGUUUUCUUUUCGGUUCUUUCCCUUGACGCUUUUCUUGAACCGACAGGAUUAGGAUUAGGGUUUCUCUAUUACGGAGUAUAUAAAGAGAAGACCCCUUACUUUGUCAAGAAAGCAAUAAUACAAAAGUUUAGUUUAGUAGAAUCUCUUCUUCUCUCCUUUUGCACGUACGAAACUCCCAGGGACAACCCAACGUUUCCGCCUAGGGUUUCUCGUUCUUUUUCCGCCAAGUUUUCCUAUCAACUGGUGCUCUCAUUGACGUUCUCAUGUCGACUCCAACACCCGAGACUCCAGCCCAAGGCGCCAUCACCAUGGACGAUCUCCUACAGGCCAUCAAUAAUCUAAGCGCCGACCUCCAGAUGACUAAGGGCCAGGUGGCGGCGUUAGCGGCAACAGGUUCUCAUGCUGACCAAAAUACACAUCAUCUUCUAGAUAUCCUUAACAAUACACAUCAUUUUCAUAAUCAUCAAUUAAUUCAUUUUUAAUCAUGAUUCAAUCAUUCAUAAUUAUUAUUUUAAUAAGAAUAUUCAUCAAAGUCUGAUCAUAAACAAAAUCAAUAAUAAUCAUCAUAAUAUCCAAUAACAAAUAGCGGCCUAGCAUCGAGUGUUAACACCCUAGCUUAUCGUCAUACAUCAUAUAAGGUUCUUUAGUUGUCUAAACAUCAUUUUUUACUCUAAGAAAUUGUCUUUAUAUUGAUGUUAAAAUAGGAUUUUAUAUCUUCAAAAAUAGCAUUUUUGGACUUAAAAUAUUCGUAAUGGUUGACCGUUGGAUCCGCACGGUCGUUCGUACCGUUCUGGAAAACGCAUGAAAAAUUGAGUUACUAUUCAUCUUCAACCUUCGAUCCAAUUUCUCAAAACACAAUAAAAAGCUUCUAAGCUUUAAACUAACUUCAUAAAAAUGUUUUCUAACAUCCAUAGAUCACUCACAAACAAUUUAUUUGAAGCUUUAACAACAAAACAAUUUUAGUGAUUAUGAAUAUGAAAAUAUUUAUAUUUUCAAAUAUAUAUGAAUCAAUAAGUUUAAGGAUCAUUCAAAUGCGUUCUAAAGUUGUUUAAAAUCAUGGUACAGACCUGGAAAUCAACGAGAUGAAGCUCAACGAACGAACGGGAGCGGAAACAACGCCAAAAGUCUCAAAACUCGUCACUUCCCGUCACCACUGUACCAACCCUGGUUUUCGGGUCAUAUCUCCUUCGUUACUCAACGAAAUCGCAAACCGUUUGAAGCUAUGGAUUCGUAAGACAUAAGGCUAUAACUUUUGUUCGAAACCAGAUUAAAAUAAUGAAGUUUAGAUAGUGUAAAAAUGCUCACAAGUGGGCUGAUUUGCACAGGGGAUGUUUUCUUCAUUCAACUUUCCGGGACAACUUCCGGAAAGAACCGUGGCUACCUCCAGUGACUUUAUCGGUAGCGAUCACUUUGCGGAUUGUUCUCUAGACAACAAGGAGUAGAAUAGAAGAAGAAUGAGGGAGUUUGGUGCAGAAAUGAAAGAGAAUGAAAGGUCUAUUUAAAGGGAGAAGAGGAAGGUUAAGCCAAACAAAUCAGCUUCAAAAAUCCUUCCAGUGGCUAUCCUCUUUCGUAGGGGAUCCUUAGUGUGAUUUGGGGUUAUUUUAUACGCCUCUCCUUGAUUGGGACUAAAAUGAUCCCAAUUGGGGUACAUUUUUUUGUCCAACUUUCUCCAAAUUAAAAUCUGAUUGUACUGUUACGAUAUCUCCUUAGAUAAGAGUAAAAUUUUACAAAAAUAUCAAAAUAAGAGUGGAUAUACUUUAGUUUUCAAAAUAGGAGCGUGAUGGAAAUGUGAUAUAAAAGUAUGAUGGUAGUGCAAAUAAAAAAAUAAACAUUAAAUGAGACUCGUUAAUUGUGGGUCAUUAGUGAUCAACCGUGGUCAGCUCCGACCGACAAUGGCACUUAGAUGAUCUCACAAUGAUGAAUGACAGGACUCCGAAACCUCAUAGUAGCAUUUCAACAACCUCACGGUGGAGGAAGGUUGAUACAGGUCCAACAUUAGAUGAGGAGUUGUCAAAUACGUCCCAUGAUGUUACUAGCCCUACACAUGAAGCCCAUGCGGAGUAUGGGAAUGAUCAAGAAGAUGCCCAAGGAGCGGGACGACCAAAACGGACUAUGCGACGACCUUGACGUUACGGCGAUUACGUUUAAUAUUUUUCUUAUGUUCCUUUUAUAUUUGUAAAUUAUAUUUUGUUAGGUGGAAGAAUUAUACGUCCCUUCAAGGGUUUUCUUUUCGGUUCUUUCCCUUGACGCUUUUCUUGAACCGACAGGAUUAGGAUUAGGGUUUCUCUAUUACGGAGUAUAUAAAGAGAAGACCCCUUACUUUGUCAAGAAAGCAAUAAUACAAAAGUUUAGUUUAGUAGAAUCUCUUCUUCUCUCCUUUUGCACGUACGAAACUCCCAGGGACAACCCAACGUUUCCGCCUAGGGUUUCUCGUUCUUUUUCCGCCAAGUUUUCCUAUCAACUGGUGCUCUCAUUGACGUUCUCAUGUCGACUCCAACACCCGAGACUCCAGCCCAAGGCGCCAUCACCAUGGACGAUCUCCUACAGGCCAUCAAUAAUCUAAGCGCCGACCUCCAGAUGACUAAGGGCCAGGUGGCGGCGUUAGCGGCAACAGGUUCUCAUGCUGACCAAAAUACACAUCAUCUUCUAGAUAUCCUUA